UGUUUGUUGGCAAAUUGCUAUUGAAUCACCCUGUAUUAAAUUAUUCCUAAAUAUGAGCCGAGAAGUUUUAGCGCCUCCAUUGAUGCGUAUGGGACCGAAUCGUUGUUAUCGUGUAAAUUUGAUACAUGAGGAUUUUAGUAGCCAAUAUGGAGCUUCUCUGGGAUCCCAACAACAGGCUCAAGCAGCUAGUAAAACUUAUGCCGAGGAAGAUCUCUAUGGAGAAGAUUACAAUGAUGAAUUAGACGCUGAAGUAGAUUGCCAAAUUGAAGAAACCCAAAAUGGCAUGUUUAAACUACCCAUACAUGUGGCCUCAUCAUUUUAUGGUGGUAUAAUUGGUCAUAAAGGAUCGACGAAACGGCGUAUUGAAACAGAAGCACAAUGUGACAUUACUAUACCGCAAAGAAAUGCCACACAAAAGCAAUCAAAUUCAAAAAUUAUUAUUAAAGCGAAAACAAGAAAUAACGUUUUAUCGGCAAGGCGAAAAAUACAAUUACUUUUGACUUCACUGCGUAAGCGAAUGGCACCGACACAUUUCUAUGGAAUAGCUUUGAAUUUUGGUGAAAUACAAGAAAAAUUUAUAGAUUUAAGAAAACAAAUUAUGUCGGCCGAAAUAGCUGGUAUUGAAGAGUCAAUAUUUCAAAGUGAAAACUCGAUACAUUUAACAUUUGGCACCUGUGUUCUAAUGGACGAGGUGGAAAGAACAAGAGCCAUGGAGAUAUUGCAAAGUUGCCGAGAAUUUCUUACUGAUUUAAAGCCUCCCUUUACGGUGCGCGUUUCGGGCUUGGAAAUUAUGAAUGAUGAUCCCAGUUCGGUGCGUGUUUUAUAUGCCUUAGUGGAGUCCCCAGAACUGCAAAUAUUUGCAGAUCGCUGUUUCCAACGUUUCAAUCAGAGCGGCUUCGGAUUUGACGAUUUUGAUCGCGGCAAUGUAAAACUACAUAUGACCGUUAUGAAUAAUCGUUAUCGCAAUUCAGAUGCUAAAAGUUUCGAUGCUCGAGAAAUUUUAAAACGCUGGAGUAAUUUUGAUUUUGGCACCGCUCAAUGCAAUGAGCUGUUAUUGUGUGUUAUAGGCGGUUCUGCCAAGGAUACAAGUGUUUUUUAUAAAAUCACAGAUUCUAUGAAAUUUUAAAUUUGAUAUUUAAAUUUCCCUAAAUAUUGCAUUAAUGUAAAAAUACCACUGAAAUUAAAUAAAAAUUUUCUUUAGUAUAAAUA